AUGCUUGUCCUCUCCUGGCAAACCGCCAACCUCUUUUAUUCUGUGUUCAUCGGCAAGGAGCCUUUGAAGCGGGGCCAGCCACUCACAACGGAAGCCAAGGAUCCCAAUGGCAGUCUUAUUAGUGGCCUCAAGGCGAAGAAGGAACUUGUGAAGGUUUUUGCACUCUGGGAACUCAGCCUCAUCAGUCAGCGCGUGCCCGACCGCCGGAAGGCAAUCUUCAAUGAAAUUGAUCGCGAGGGUGGUUCGGCUUGGUCCCAGGUGCUUGCUUGCACUACCGAUGUAAUCAAGGCCAUCAACACUCGCAUCGAGGAAAGCAAAAAUCCCGCGACUGUUACCAAACCUUUGCCGCAGGCGGAGAAAACUGAACCUGUUCUUCAGACUCUCCCGCGACUCUCAGAUCCGAUCAAAGACGACAACAUCUUUACUACAGCCCCCAAAGCUACUUCACACCAGGACAAAUUUGGCGAUGCGUUUAGUUCGGCGGCUAAAUCCUUUGGUCAGUCAGAAGACUGGACUCCAACUGCGCGAGCCCGAGUCCGUGAUGUUUUCGACCGGGCAUCAUCCGCAAUGCUUAGCCCUGAGCAGAAGCAGAAAUAUCUCGGCUCUCCUCAGAGGUUCAAGCUGCUUACCGGUGGCCCCUCCACAACUCAUAAUCCCGAGGACAUGAACCCAGUCCUGGCGCAGAUUCUUCGCUCGCCUAUCGGCCAACCCUUCCGUCAAACAUACGCCCAACGCCUCUCUGUUAUUGUUCUUGGCACACCAGAAUCCUCUCUAUCCUUGAUUGUGGAUGCCGUGGAGUCCUUGACUCGACUCCUCAUUGCCAGUUUGGCCGAAGAUCCGUAUGGCAAAGUUCAGGCCGAUGUGCCCUCAGCCGUGCGGCUUCUGACCCAAACUACCCUCACCCUGGAUGCAUUUGCCCACCACGGUGGACUGGAUGCUCACUGGACUGAUAUCAACUUCCCCCUUCGAGUGAUCCUCAGGCCCAAGCAGUUGCCCGUCUGGUUCCAGAUGUUGAAAUCGUGCUUGCUGCACUCCGCGCAGGUCUCAAGGAUCUACUGA